AGGAGCUUGGGUCAGUGAUCACAUGGUAAAACCACUGGGAUCUGGCCCAAGGAGUCACUUGUGCUCGCGCUGUGCCAACUGUUUGAGGGGGACCUGGUCCUUCAGGUCAGAGGGGCAAUGGUAGCAGCUCCUCCAAUCUGGGGUUGUGUUUGAGGGUAUAUAUGUAGCUGGCUCAUCUGUUAUCAGUCUAAAGUUGUGGCAGAACAGCUUGCAUUUAUAUAGCACCUUUAAACAUCCCAAGGCACUUCACAGGAGCGUAAUUAGGUAAAACAACACAAGGACAGCAGGCACAUAGGAGCAUCGCCACUUGAAACUAUCUUGACUUGGAAAUAUAUUGCUGUUCCUUCACUGUCACUGGGUCAAAAUCCUGGAACUCUCACCAUAACAUCACUCUACACCAGUACCUACAUCAGGUGGACUGCAGUGGUUCAAGAAGGCAGCUCACUAUCAUCUUCUUAAGGGCAAUUAGAGAUGGGCAAUAAAUGGUUGUCAGCAUUGUCCACAUCCCAUGACCAAAUGAAAAUAAAUGACACGAAGCUGAAGAAGACAUUGGGACAAAUGACCAAACGCUUGGUCAAUCAUAUAGGUUUGAGGAGAGGUUUAGGGAUGGAAUUCCAGAGCUGAGCACACAGCUGUCAAUGGUGAGUGAACGGAGCGACAGAUGCACAAAAGACAAGAGUUGCAAGAAAGCAGAGUUCUCAAAGUGCUGGAGGAGGCUACAAAGCUAAGUGUGAAGCCAUGGAGGAAUUUGAUCUUGAAGGUCACGUUAUCAGAACCACAGCACAGAGACUGCAUUCCGCACAUGCGCCAUUGGGUACCAGCUGAAACUAGACAAGUGACCAACUCUGUUAAGUGUACUCUUCACUUUCCUAAUAUUUGGAUUGUUCAUUAGUGGCCACUGAAGAAGAGAAAAUGACUGAGUUCGUGGCUGAACCUGCUCCCAUGGAAAUAGAAAAGAGUUCAGAAAAAAUUGACAUGUCUUUAGAUGAUAUUAUUGAACUCAAUAAAAGGGAAACCGACUCUACAACAACUCUAUUAAGUAGGACAAGAGGACAACAGAAAAAGCAACAGCAUUUAAGUUUUCGUAAGCCACAAAAUCAUCUUGGAAGAGGAGUGCAGCAAGAUGUACAAGGAUCCAUUAGACCGAGGAGAAAUAUCUCUGAAUUACAAGGAUACAGCAGGGUUAAUCGACGUUGGCAGACCCAGGUUAAAAAUAUCAGUACAAGAUCAGAUGGAAGAAGACUCACUGUAGCAACCAAAGGAGUGAGCCCAUUAAAUCGUAAAGCCACUGUUCACAUGGAUAUGCAACAAAUUGCACCCAUUAGGAAAGGAACUCAAUGGAUCAUGCGAGGAAGACCACAGCAGGCCCAAAAGACAUUCAGGCUAACAAGACAGGGGCCUCUAAUUCAAAAAAGAAGGAUUAUGUUCCAGAAUAGAGGGGCAAGUCAGCAGAAGAAACAACAAACGCAGAGGCAAAGACGACAAACCAGAGUUAACAUUAACAGAGGGUUUCCACCAAUGGGUGCAAGAGCUGCGCAGAAGAAACAAAGGACUAGAAUGUGGCGACAGCAGUCAACUUCUAGCUCCAUCUUAACAGUAUCUGUACCCAAUCCACAGGCCAACCAGCAAGCAGUUCAAAGACGAAGAAUCCAACCCCCAUCUUUAAAUGGAAGAAAAAGGAUGACAACAAAAGCAGUGAGGAAUCAACCAAAAGGAGUUUAUCUUGGGUUCAACUUUAAGAGCAUAGCCAAUCAGACAAAUGUGACCCUGAACGAUCGUUUUUCCUCCAUGAAGAUUCGUCAGUGUACUGCAGCAUCAAGAAGAGGAGGCAGAACUGUCACUCUGGGCUAAUGCUUGCUUUAGUCGCUUUGCUUAUGGUUUCAUUGCAAAUAUAUAAAAAGACAAUUUAUUUAUUAUUAGUGAUGCUUUCAGAUAAGCUUUUUAAAAUGCAAGUAGGGUGUUUAAAUGCACACAGAACAUCUCAAAUGCUCUCAGUGCAGAUUAGUUUAAUUUUAUCAAGCAAACGUGCUGUCCACUCUUAAUUUAAGUCAUUCUGCUGAAAUUAGUUUGAUUUAUCCAGUUAUUUGAAUUAAGCAAUUUAAAUAAACCGGCAUUGGAAAGAAUUCUUGCUUUAAAAAAAAUGGACAGAUAAUUCGAAUUGAAGUAGGAGGAAUAAAUGUAUCUUGGAGUGAAAUUCAGAGACUGUGGUUCUGUAAUUGUUAUAUGAGAAUGGCCUACAAAUCCAGGUGGUUGAGCUCUGUGUUAAUGAUGAGUGAACACCCAGCUAUAACACUGCAUUGGACAGUCAACGAGUGAAGGUUUUACAGUAUUGCAAUGGGUUGAGUACAAAGGGAAAGUUUGUAGGAUCAUUAAUUAAUAGUUGAGCCUCAGUCAUAUAAGAUCCUGAGGGAGCUUGACAUGUUGGAUGUGGAAAGGAUGCUUCCUCUUGUGGGAGAAUCUAGAACUAGAGGUCACUGUUUAAAAAUAAGGGAUGGCCCAUUUAAGACAGAGAUGAGGAGAAAUCUUUUCUCUGAGGGUCAUGAGUUUUUGAAACUCUUUUUCUCAAAAGGUUGUAGAAGCAGAGCCUUUGAACAUUUUUAAGGCAGAGGUAGAUGGAUUCUUGAUGAGCAAGGGGGUAAAAGACUAUUGGGGGUAGGCAGGACUCUGCAGUUGAAAUUACAAUCAGAUCAGCCAUGAUCCUAUUGAAUGACAGAGCAGUCUCGAAGGGUCAAGUGGCCUACUCCUGCUCAACAUUCGUAUGUUCGUAUGUUUGUCAAUGUUACAUCACAGACCAUGGUAUAUCAAAGAGCGUUAUGUUAAAAGAUACUCUAUUAUUAGAGACACUUAUAAGAAUAAGAUGGAGGUUAAUUAACAGAAUUGCUGGGGUUAUCGCCAAUUAAUGAGAAGGGCAGUUCUAGCUCUGAUGCCAAGAGUAAUAUAAAUGCUUUGUUUGGGAAGUGGAUAAAAUGCUUUAAAAUCAACCUUGUAGCAUAGUUACAGCUGACCAAAAUGUACUUCAAUCAAUAGGUAUUGUUAACACCAACACUGAUACAGGUCCAAAGUUCUCUAAUCCUGCUGGAGCACAAAAAUUUAGUUUCAUUUCAUUUUGCUGCAAAUUUAUGAUGAGGUCUCUACUAGUGUUAAAAUGAUUUAACUAGAUAGGAAUUAGGACUAGCUCUGUCCUGGUACAAAUACUUAACUUGGCUUUAUUUUAAAAUGCAGCUGAUAACCCAAACAAGUUUAGAAUAGUUCACGGUGUAACUUGGUACAAAUAUAUGCUGUCAAUUAUAACUUUAUCCUAAUAAGAUAAUAGUCACAAGAGUUGUAGUGUUAGAUGAUGUAUGAAAAUAAAAUGGCCUUCAUUAUGUGUAAAAUCAAUUUCCUGGAUCUAUUUAAGACAAGAAAGGAAUCCUUUUAUAGAUUUAUUUUUAAAGUAACUGAUGUUGAAGUUAAAUUAAAUGGUUAUUUUGUUCAUUGCAACACACAAUAAAAACCUUAACAUAGCUGCCAUUCUAUUUGUCAGUACAAAGAAUUGCUUUGCAGGGCCAAAUAAGUAUAAUGUGUUUGCAGUGUAACUGCAGUUUUGACAGAGAAUUAAAAAGUGCAGAGGCUGUUCCCUCCAGGAUAGAGGAGCAGCAGAACCAGAGAUAGUUUUAAAAUUUUAAAAAAACUACUACGGUUGUUUGGACUGUUGUCUGAUGUACAUGUGUUAACUUAUAAAGUAUCAAAAAUAAAGAGGACUUUAAUGGAAA